UCAUCAAGUCGUUUGUUGGUGAUGGUCGUUUUGUGAUUGUCUUUCUUGUUAAAAAUAUUUUCAGAAAAUUUCCAGAAAACAUGGAUCAAAUGAAAGGAUUUAGUCCACAAAUGCUUAAUCGUGAUGCAUUUACCAUUCCGAAAUUAGCAUAUGAAUCUUAUUUCAAAAUAUUUGGACUAAUAUCAUCAGGUUUAGAUUUUGGUCAACGUUAUGGCCCGGUCAAGCAGGAUAAAACAUCAACAAAUUUGAAACGUUUCUAUUGUCAAUUUGUUUGCCUACUGUUAUGGUUUUUUGCUAUUCGUAGUUUUGUACUAAUGUUUAUUGGUGAUCGUGAAAUUCAGCUAAUGAUGGGCGAUUUAACUGGAUUCUGGAAUGAUUAUCGAAUGUAUUACCUGAUGCCUACAUUCUACUAUUCGCUGCAAACAGCAAUCAUAGCGACUAUAUUCUUGCGUAAUGAAAGCGAGUUAGCAUGGUUGGUACCGUUCAUAUCGGUAAAACAGAUGCAAACCAAUUCCAUACGUACGGCAAAAUAUGAUACAAAUAAUCAUGAACGUCGUACACAGAUAACAAUUAUAAUGAACAAUUUAAUUGUAUUAGUGGCAACCGGUAUGGUUGCAAUGUUAUAUUUGCUUACAGCAUAUGAAAAUAUGGAUGAUUCUACAUUUAAAAUGUUCAUCCCGUGGAUUGGAAUCCAGGCUGUUUGGAUAUUCUUUAUGACCGGCAUCAAUAUGUUUACAAUGACAUAUUUCAAUCUGGUUUGUUUGAUUCUAUCGAAUCGUUUUAAGCAAGUUUGUAAAGAUAUUGAAGCAUUGGCUGAAUCUGAUCCAGGACCAUUGGGCAGUAAAAAUAAUGCACUAUCAACAUUGUAUUAUGAACAUAAUGAAAUUUGUGAAUUGGUUGAUGAAUCGAAUAGUUUUUGGCAAUCAUUUAUAUUUUUCAAUUAUUUAUGUCAUAUUCCAUGCAAUUGUUAUGCAUUAUAUAAUUUGUUUUUUGCAGAAUUCGAUGAUCUAUUGGCUAUUGUUACAUGGACAGUGUUUCUCCAUACUAUUCUAUUUUUAGCAUUUAUUUCAUUAUCGGCUGCUGAUGUAUCGGCUGAAGCUCAUAGUCCAUAUACAGCAUUACAUACAUUAUCAUUGCUGCAAUUACCAAUCGAUUUGGAAGUUAAUAUGUCAACAUUUUUGCAUCGUGUUCGUGGUCCUACUAUCGGAUUCUCCUGUUUGGAUUUGUUUGUCAUAACUAAUGCUAGUAUUUCAAAUACAAUCGCUGCAGUUGCAUCAUACUUUUUGAUUGUGGCCGAUUUCAGUCGAUCAACUGCAGCAGCAAAUGCAGCCGAAAAACGUGAAGAAGCAGCUAAAGCAGCGAUGAAUCUAACAUCGACAACAGUUGCACCUCCAAUUACACAAUAAUAAAAAAGAAAAUUCCAAACAUCUUGGUAAUCGGUCGACUAGAAGAAAGAUUCAAAUGGUAUAACAAAUAAAAUUAUUACCAAAAACACUAUUUAGUACACACUAUU